AUGCAUCUUGUGGAACUGGGAAUUGUAACAUUUUCUGUCAACACCAAGUGGGGUUGGCCUAAGGGCUCAUCGCCUCUUACGGUGUUGAAUCUGAAAAACAAGUUGACUAAUCUUUGGAAUUCGAUUGGAAAAUGGGGCGUUACGUCACUGGGUAAAGGCUACUUCGAAUUUUCAUUCUCUUCCAUUGAAGAUGUUAGAAGGGUGAGAUCAAUUUCUUCUUGGAAUCUCAAUUCUGGGUUCCUCAAAUUGUUCCCAUGGACAAAGGAUUUUAAUCCCCACUUCCUCAAACAAGCUUCAGCCCAAGUUUGGUUGCGUAUUCAUGGUUUGGCACAAGAGUAUUGGAGGCCCAAGAUAGUUUUUGCUAUAGCCAGUAGCGUUGGUAUUCCUUUAUGCACGGAUUCAGCCUCAAACAAAUGUUGCUUUGAGAGACCAUUUGGUCACUAUGUUCGUGUAUUGGUGGACUUGGAUUUAUCCCAAGAACUUCGGUACAAAGUCUUGGUUGAGAGGAAGGGUUAUGCUUUUUUUGUGGAGCUUGAAUAUGAAAACCUACCAGAUUACUGUUCCUUCUGUUGCCAAGUUGGUCAUGGGCUGGAAAAGUGCAAUCGGAGGAAUGUGGAGGGAAAUCCAGACAAGAAGAACAACAAAAAAGCUUAUGUGCAGAUCAACAAUGUCUCAUUGAAGGAGAGUGGGAAAGAGGUUCGGCCAGAAGUAGAUGGAGAGCUUAGGGACACUACUGAAAAUGCAAAUAAUGUCAAAGAUGCUGCGGAGAAACCAGGUGUGAAGACAGAUGAUCGGAUUGCAGCUGGAGUGGUUGUCACAGAUGUUGUCGAGGAUACAAAUUUGAAGGAGGUCUCACCGGCCAUUGUGGUGGAGGAUGGUUCCGGUACUUCUGAGAAUUCCAUUGAACAAUACAGUAACGAGGAGUUCGUUGCAGAUACAAACCCGUUGCUUGGAGAAAUUAAUAGGAACAUGGCUUUUUUAGACUCAUCUUGGGCCAACAUUGCACAAGCAGAAGCUGGUAGAAAUGGGUUAGGGGUGGACAAUACCCAAGUUGCAGUAGCAGAUGAUGAAGGAUUUCAAUUGGUUAAAUCCAAGUCAAGAAAGAAAGCGCAGCACAUUCAGGCGGCUAGGAGCAAUUACAUCACCAGGUCAAGGCCAGGUAGUGCUCAAAGCUCGCCGUUAUGA